AAAAGAGAGGUUUUGCUGAUCUUCAAAGAAACCACUCUCUUUUAAGAUUUCCAUAUAAAGCACUCACAUAGCUUCUCUCUCAAAAAGCUGCUUCUAAGCUUCAAAAAAUCAAAGAAGGUGAGCUGCAAAACUAAGAUGGGGAGAGGGAAGAUUGUGAUUAGGAGGAUCGAUAAUUCGAUGAGCAGGCAAGUGACCUUUUCCAAGAGAAGAAAUGGGUUGCUGAAGAAGGCCAGGGAGCUAUCGAUUCUUUGCGAUGCAGAAGUUGGAGUCAUCAUCUUCUCCAGCACUGGCAAGCUCUAUGAAUAUGCAAGCACUAGCACGAAAUCUGUUAUUGAACGGUUCAACAAGAUGAAAGAGCAGAACCAGCAGCUAUUGAAUCCUUCCUCAGAAAUUAAGUUUUGGAAAAGGGAGGUAGCAACCUUGAGGCAACAACUACGACACUUGCAAGAAUGCCAUAGGCAACUGAUGGGAGAAGAACUUUCUGGGUUGAGUGUUAAAGAUCUGCAGAACUUGGAAAACCAACUCGAAAUGAGUUUGAAGGGUAUCCGCAUGAAAAAGGACCAAAUUUUAGCCGAUGAAAUUAAACAACUAACCCAGAAGGGAAUUCUCAUUCAUCAAGAGAAUCAUGAACUUCUCAAGCAGGUAGACCUCAUCCGUCAUGAAAACAAGGAACUGCAAAAGAAGGUUAAUGGGGCAAGGGAUGUGAAUGAAGAGACAAGAAGUUCACGACCAGCACUCAUCUUUAGCUAUGAUCUUCGUACUACACCCAUCGAUCUCCAACUAAGCCCCCCACAACCUCACAACAAUGAUACAUCAUCAGCAAAAUCAAUAAACUUAGGAUUACAACUUCAAUAGCAGACGCAAGGCAGGAUGGAUGUCAACAGUGACCACAGCAACUUGCCACACAGUCGGAAACAAACCAAGUUUCUACAGAACAACUCUUAUUUCAGCUAUUACAUAGAAUAUAUGAUAUUAUAAAACAAGCUCUAAGCUUUCUCUGUAAAUUUAUGCAAUAAAGGUAAAGCUUUUUAUUCAAAAUGAAACAAAUACUUAAAAAUUUGUCAUGAUCAAUGUAAUUGGAACUAUUUGUAGGGAUUGUGGUAUUUAUAUUUGUUUAAUGAAAAUU